CCGCCCAGGCCCGGAGAGGCUCGACCCGGAAGCCGCCGCGGCCGCCGCGCAGCUGCGCUCUCCUGUGGCGGUGGAGCUUCGCGCUGCCCCGAGUGCUUGGGCCUGCCGCGCCCUCCUCCCUCUGUCCCCACGGGCCGAUGAGUCCCUCUGGCCACUGGGGGGACCAGGCCCGGGGGCGGGCAGCCCGAGUGGGGCCGCGGCGCUCUGGGGGCCUCCGCGGCGGCCUCGCCGUGUUCGCCGCUGUGGCCGCGGUGUUCACCCUCACUCUGCCCCCCUCGGUGCCCGGGGGAGACGCGGGGGAACUGAUCACAGCCGCAUAUGAGCUUGGAGUCGCCCAUCCUCCCGGCUAUCCUUUGUUCACCCUGUUGGCUAAACUGGCAAUUGUACUGCUUCCUUUUGGUUCAAUUGCCUACCGCGUCAAUCUUCUCUGUGGCUUAUUUGGAGCAGUAGCUGCAUCAUUACUUUUUUUCACCGUUUUCAGGCUUUCUGGCUCAUAUGCUGGAGGAAUCCUUGCUGCGGGGGUGUUUUCGUUUUCCCGUCUGACAUGGCAGUGGUCCAUCACAGCAGAGGUUUUCAGCUUAAACAAUCUGUUUGUGGGGCUGCUUAUGGCUCUUACUGUACAUUUUGAGGAGGCAGCAACUGCAAAGGAGAGAUCAAAGAUAGCUAAAAUUGGUGCUUUCUGCUGUGGCCUUAGUCUGUGUAAUCAGCACACAAUCUUGCUCUACAUUUCAUGCAUAAUACCUUGGAUUCUCUUUCGACUUAUAAAGGAGAAGGAACUCUCGCUGGGUGCUCUGUUGUGGCUGAGCCUGUGCUUCUCUGCUGGUUUGCUGCCUUACAUCCACCUCCCCAUCUCAUCCUACCUCAAUCGAGCCCGGUGGACCUGGGGAGACCAGACAACAUUGCUAGGAUUUUUGACACAUUUCCUAAGGGAAGAAUAUGGAACAUUCAGCCUGGCCAAAUCUGAAAUAGGAUGCAGUAUGUCUAAAUUAUUGCUUUCUCAAGUGACAAGUAUGAGGACUGAACUUUCAUUCAACAUCCAAGCCCUUGCAAUUUGGGCAAAAAUAUGUUUGGCAAGAAAGAACAGACAGAAUCCAUCAUUGGUAUGGCUUUUUACUGGAAUGUUUUGCAUUUAUUCAUUGUUCUUUGCUUGGAGGGCAAAUUUAGAUAUUUCGAAACCACUUUUCAUGGGUGUGGUAGAACGGUUCUGGAUGCAGAGCAAUGCUGUGGUGGCCGUCCUGGCUGGCGUGGGUUUGGCAGCACUUGCGUCUGAGAGCAGCCGAGUGCUGAACAGCAGUGCACUGCGGUGUUUGGAGUGGCUCUCAGCAGCCCUGUUUGUAGCUCACCAAAUAUAUUCUAAUUACAGCAUUUGUGACCAAAGGACCAACUAUGUGAUCGAUAAAUUUGCAAAGAACCUUAUAGCCUCUAUGCCUCGUGAUGCAAUCAUUUUACUCAGAGGAGAUUUGCCUGGGAAUUCUCUCCGGUACAUGCAUUACUGCGAGGGGUUGAGGCCAGAUGUUUCACUAGUGGAUCAGGAGAUGAUGACUUACGAGUGGUAUUUACCCAAGAUGGCAAAGCAUUUACCAGGUGUCAGCUUCCCAGGGGACCGGUGGAAUCCUGUGGAAGGAAUAUUACCUAGUGGAAUGGUCACGUUUAAUCUUUAUCGUUUUCUCGAAAUAAACAAACAAAAAGAAACAUUUGUUUGCAUAGGAAUUCAUGAAGGUGACCCAACCUGGAAAAUGAACUAUUCACUUUGGCCAUGGGGGUCUUGUGACAAAUUGGUUCCUUCAGAGAUUGUAUUCAACCCUGAGGAAUGGAUUAAACUUACCAAAAAUAUGUACAACUGGACUGAAGAAUAUGGAAGGUUUGAUCCAACUUCUUGGGAAUCUGUGGCCAAUGAAGAGAUGUGGCAAGCAAGGAUGAAAACCCCAUUCUUCAUCUUUAACCUGGCAGAAUCUGCUGAUGCGCCUUCACCCCUGAAAGCUCAGCUCUACCUUCAUGCAUAUGACCUUUAUAAGGAGAUUGUGUAUUCACAAAAGGAGCACCCAGUGAAUUGGCACAAGAACUAUGCCAUCGCCUGUGAGCGGGUGCUGCGUCUGCAAGAAGGAGCUGUGGACCCCGAAGUCCUGUUAUCUGAAACCAUCAGACAUUUCCGUCUCUAUGCUCAGAAAGCCUGGAAUGAUCCACAGCACGCUGAUAUUUUAGUUGCUCUAAAGCACCUGAGAAAAGAACUGCAAAGUCUAAGAAAUAUGAAAAAUGUCUGAGACAGCAAAAUAUGAAAAACCUGUUUGUCAUUCAGCUUCAAAAUUCUGAAGUUCAAAAGCUUUUCUUUCAAGAAAAGAACUACAAAAAGUUUCAAGCCAAAUCACCUGUCAGAUACAAGUGGCCUGACGCAGUGGCACUGCUUGGUGGGAGUCCACUCCUGCAGAGUUCUGCUCGCCCAUCACGAAGCAGCAUCUCCGUGAGGAGUUAUGAGGAGUCUUCCUACAUCACAGUCUUCUCCAGAUGACGGUGCUUGAGACAUUCAGGAAGAGAAUGGAUUAUGCUCGUGUAAUGAAAAAUCAGUCAUGAAUCUUUUAAGGGCCAUGCUUAUUGAGAUCAAUUCUAAAGGUUAAAUUUUUUUAAUUUUAAUACCAGACCAAAGACAUUUUGUUUUCUAAAAGUGAAAUCUUUUUUAAAAGGAAUAAAUCUACUUAUGUUUCUAGUUAGGGUACCAUUUUUUUUAAGUAACUAAUACAUGUUAACAUAAUCUCACACUUCAACCUAAAAACCAAGUGAGUGAUAUUUUGAAAAAAGUUUGAGUUUUCAGCUGUCAGCGGUUCUCAGCCUGUGGGUUGCGACCCCUUUGGACUGUAUUAAAGGUUCACAGCAUUAGGAAGGUUGAGAACCACUGUCCUAGAUAGUUUGCUGGAAUCACUAAUUUGGUGUUUGUUCAUUUCAGCUGCAAGAACUGAUUGGCAAGUAGAAAGAAUUUUCAUUAUUUACUUAAUUAUUUUUGUUUAUGUUUUACUGCUAUUUGGACUCAGAGAUCUAAGCCCAAUAAUUAGAAGGCUCCUGCUGCCAAAAUGCAAAGAAAAAAAAAAAAAGGCAAGGAGUGGGGGGGAAGGGGGGUUGGGGAGGUAAUUCACUAAAUUCAUUUCUGUUACAAGCAUCUUUCAUACAUAUUACUAUAGAGAACAUAGUAAGAAAUGCAAAUAAUAGUUCUUUAUUUUAUUAUGACAGUUAAUUAAUAGCAACCUGUUUUAAUGAAUAAAGUCACUCAGAGUCCUUCAGCACUUCCUAAGUAGAGGCCAGCCUCUGUAGGGCUUCUUGUACCCCCAAUUGUAUAGCUCCUAGACUCUGAGCUAUCUGGGCCCCUGUAUAGAAAUGCUCACUAAUGAAGAGGGAGGGCUGGAAGCUUGUCUGCAUUCAAAGAUCACUGGUGAGCCAUUCAGCGAGGAAAGGCCCCUUACCAGGAGUGCUGCAGUUCUCUGGCAUUGUACUAGCAAAAGGGUCUGAUCAAAGGUCUCCUGCCGAGCUUGCCUGGUUCCCUUUCAUACUACGACCAUAAUUAAAACCACUAAUUCUCUUUUAAAAUGCUGCAGGAUGCCAUGUAGGCAUCUGUCUGGAGUGUCCUUUGUGAUGUCAUAAGCUGUUAAGGACCAGUGCUGAGGGCUUUUGAGUGAAAUGCCAGUCAUGAAGGUGCUUUAAGACAAGGGUGCCUCUAAAAGCUUGACAGGGCCCUGACUGCACAAUUCGAGCUGAAUUUGCCCCUUGUCAGCUGGCAGUAAAUAAAUCUCAAAGGGGGGAAAGCUGAAGUUUCAUUACCUGAUCCGUGGGGCUUUGUUGGUUUUGGCAUCACACAGGGGAAGCCCUUGCCCCUCCAUUCUCUGGGUUUGAAGAUGUCCAUUGGAGCCUGCAGUGCCUGGACAGGGUUCAGAGCGGGACCUUUUGAAGAGUGUCAAUAGUUGUAACAGUUCAGCUGUUAGGAAGACAAAUAAACGGAGGAGCUCAUUAAUCCGCUUUUGGCUCUCCGUGCCUUUUGCCCUUUUAUCACAGCCUUAUUAGGCUCCUGCUCAUCUUGAACCAGAAAAAAAUGAAUUGAAGUUGUUGAGCACUAAUUGGCAAAGACUUUUAAUCAUGGGCCAAGGACUUUCACUGACUUGAAAGUAACUUCUCCACAGGGAAGGACCAAAAACCUACUUUACCUUAAAACAAAAACCUGUUAAGAGUUCAGCAUGGUGUAAAAAUUUAAGGAAGCGUCAAUAAGUUGUUUAAGUUUGUCCAUUUGAAAGAAAUGGUAUAAGAUUAUGAUUUUCACUUUCCUAAAAAAGAAAAAGUACAAUAAAAUUCAAACAUUCCUUAG